UGUGGACAGUGUCGGAGUAGCAGUGGCCACAUGCAGGAAGAGGCCCACCCGGAACUCUGCCCACACUGGCCACUGCAGUUCAGCUCACAGAGCCACGGCAGGCAGGCCUACGGACGUGACGUGCACACUGGUGGUCCCGGAGCCAGGGGUGAUUCAGGACACCAUCUUGGACUCUUUCUUGGCCUGCUCAGCACCUGCCCAGAUGGCCUCUUCGUCUUUCCUGCGCCCAGCCCCACCUUUUUCACCUCUCUUCAUGUUCUCAUGGAGUGCAGAGUGUACCAGCCAGGGCCCCUACCUGGAAGAGGGUCAGCUGAUGCAGGCCUGAGGGGGCUGCCACAGGGAAGUACGCCGUGUGUUCUUACUGCUCAGAAGGGACAGGGUCUCCCACCAAUCCCCUGGUCUCCAUCAGCUCCUUGGUCUUCCCUGCCCCUCCCCUAACUGUGUUCCACCUGCCAGUGGAGCUGAGCACUGCUUAGCCUGGGCCAGAGGGACACUGGACAAGGGCCUUUGGGGGACAAUGAGUCUGGGCCCAGCUUCCAGUUCUAAUGUAUGCAAGAUUAACUCACAAAUUCACCUCAGAAGGCCUUUCCAAAUGAGAGCUCUACUCUUCCCCUCCUCUGCCAAUCUCUUCACAGCCAAGGCCCCUUCCACCCUCUCCAGAGGAGGAUGAGAUCCCUUUUCCCCUCCCCUCUGAGGUGCUGACUCACUGCUAGGAUCCACCCACCAGAGGAAAGAUCUAGAACAUCUUGACAGAUUGGAGACAGCCAGGCCUGCUGACCCAUCUGAACAGCUGAAGCAAGAGACUUCCACCAGGGAUGCCAGGGCUUGGGUUGGUCCAGCGGCUCUGGGAUGAGCCUCCCAAGCAUCUUUCCCACUUGGGUGGCGAUGCGGCUAAGAUUGGACAGGUGGUGGAUGAGAGACGGUCCCGAGAAAGGGUGGUCUCGGGAGGGCUGGUCUCAAGCCUGCUGUGCUCCUGUGGCAGUGAUGGGGCCUGGGGAUGGGGAUGGCAGCUCUCAUGAGGAGACCUAGGCUGUGAGCCCACCGCCUCCCACAUUUUCUCUAAAGUGCAGGACUGUCUGAGGGUAGGUAGUGAAGAGGACAAGGCCCUCAGCGGUGACCUCCACGGCCUUCUACCUGCUGAGGAAGAGUUAACCCACUGCCUCCCCAACAUAACAGGCUAUGAAGAACCUGGUGCCUCAGGACCUCCUGGGAGCCAAGCUGGUCUGGCAAGGGUGCUCGGGCCUGGGAAAGAAGGGAGCAAUGGCCAGUCACCUUCACCUUCUAACUGGCCUUCGGAUGAGGUGACCACCACCAGGCCUGAAUGAUCCCCAGGAGCCCAGCUUCCAAACCCCAACUCCGAAUCAAACAUCUCCAUCCCCGAGUGCAGUAAUACACAAAAACCAACCACUCUGCCCUGGGGCAGGCCUGGCGCGAUUCUCAGUAGGACUCAUACCCACCCUACCUAGAAGUACUGGGCUGGCCUGGGUAUUGCAUCCCGUGCGUUUUGAUAAGGGGGUGAUGUGGCCACACCCUUAUCUAGAUUUCACUUUGUAUCCACUGGGCACAGAUAUUUUAGAGAACUUCAUCUUUUACUCUUGAAAAAGCCACAUAUCCACAUCUCUUUCAUUUUCUCAGUGUGUUAUGCAGCAAUUUAUUAAAGUAUUUAUUGUCUAAUACUGCCAGGUGGAAUAUAUAUAACUGACUUCAUGGGGGUGGUUCAACUAAAGAACUGUGUGACAAAACAGUUACAAAACAAAAGGGAGACCUUAAGAUCCAGAAUCAAUCCUUUAGCCCAGGUUCACUAAGCACAGUAAGGAGAAACCUGCAAGGUGAAGUGGAGAUGGCCUCCAGCCUCUACAUGGGAGGGGCUCCCUUGAAGGCUGGGAGUGAACCUCUCUGGGAAACUAGGGUCAAGCCUCUGGGGGAUGGUGGGACAUAGGGAUGUAUGAGGCACAGACAUCAGUGUCCAAACACCUGGUUUGCUAUAUGAAGUUAUUUACCAAAUAAAUGGUUCUAUUUCCUGA